AUGGUCGACUACAAAGACAAAGUAGUAGUUGUGACGGGUGCUGGCCGCGGUAUUGGCCAGGCUGUAUCAGUCAAGUUUGCAGAGGCUGGCGCUGUUGUUGUACUCGCCGAUAUACAGCUCGCGCCGCAGCAAGAAACUGUCGCAGAACUCCAAAAACGAGGACUCUCGGCAUAUGCCUUCAAAUGUGAUGUAGCUAGCGAAGACUCCGUUGCCGCAUUUGCAUCCUCCGUCAUUGGAUCUGCUGGCGUCCCUGACCUCAUAUAUAACAACGCUGUUCUUGUUCGUUCAGGUGGCGUGCUCAAUGCCAGCCCAGACAACAUCCUAAAAGAGUUCGAUGUUAAUGUUCUCGGCUACUUACGCAUUGCUCAGGCCUUCAUACCGCACAUGGUCGCUCGAGGCACAGGCUGGGUCGUCAACACUGCCUCACCCAAUGCCUUUAUUCCGCCGCCUCUUGUUGCUGACAACCUGCUCGGCUACUGCAUCACCAAAGGAGCGGAGGCUUCAAUGUCAUAUUGCAUGGCUAUGUCACUUAUGCCUCUAGGUAUCAAAGUCAGUCUACUCAUGCCUGACCUUACCUAUACCGAUUCAGUCCACGAGUUGCAAGGAAACGCCUCUGCUGCAUUCCACAAGGGCUUCAGCGAGUUUGUUACAACCCAGAGCCGCUCGGCAGAACUGGUGGCUGGGAAGAUAGUUGGGAAAUUACUCUCGGGAGACGCGAGGUACCUGGUUAACGUCCAUGAAGGCUUCGAGGAAUCGCUCAAGACGUGGGCGGCCCAAGGGAUGGAGCCGGACCCGAGCCUAGGUGAGCUCCGACGUUAG